UGCGGCGGCGGUAUAGGAGCGAGCGCCACGGCGAGCAGGUCCAGCCGAGAGCUACCGCCGUCCGCCGCUCGCUGCCUCCGCACCGCCGCCGCCCCCGGCCUGCCCGUCAGCGAGCGGGUGAGCGGCCUCCACGCUCGGCCUCCGGGAGGGGGCCGUCCGGCCGGACCCUGAGCCUCGCCCUCUCUCGCUGCGGCCGACCGCGCCUCCUCGGCCGCCUGCCCGGCAUGAAGACCAAGUUCUGCAACGGGGGCGAGGCGGAGCCCUCGCCGCUCGGGCUGCUGCUGAGCUGCGGCAGCGGCAGCGCGGCCCCGGCGCCCGGCGUGGGGCAGCAGCGCGACGCCGCCAGUGACCUGGAGCCCAAGCAGCUGGGCGGGCGGCAGCCGCCGCUCGCGCUGCCCCCGCCGCCGCCGCCGCUGCCGCUGCCCCCGCCGCCGCCGCCGGCGGACGAGCAGCCCGAGCCCCGGACGCGGCGCAGGGCCUAUCUGUGGUGCAAGGAGUUCCUGCCCGGCGCCUGGCGGGGCCUCCGCGAGGACCAGUUCCACAUCAGUGUCAUCAGAGGUGGCCUCAGUAACAUGCUGUUCCAGUGCUCCCUACCCGACACUCUGGCCACCGUUGGUGACGAGCCUCGGAAAGUGCUCCUGCGGCUGUACGGGGCGAUUUUAAAGAUGAGGUCCUGUAAUAAGGAGGGAUCCGAACAAGCUCAGAAAGAAAAUGAAUUUCAAGGCGCCGAGGCCAUGGUUCUGGAGAGCGUCAUGUUUGCCAUCCUCGCGGAGAGGUCGCUGGGGCCGAAGCUCUUCGGCAUCUUCCCCCAAGGCCGCCUGGAGCAGUUCAUCCCGAGCCGGCGGCUAGAAACCGAAGAGCUGAGUCUGCCGGAUAUUUCUGCAGAAAUAGCCGAGAAAAUGGCACGGUUUCAUGGCAUGAAGAUGCCGUUCAAUAAGGAACCAAAGUGGCUUUUUGGAACAAUGGAAAAGUACCUGAACCAAGUGCUGAGGAUUAAGUUUCCCGGGGAGUCCAAAGCCAAGCCGCUCCGCAGGUUCCUCAGUUACAAUCUGCCUUUGGAGCUGGAACGCCUGCGGUCCUUACUUGAAUCCACUCCAUCGCCAGUCGUGUUUUGUCACAACGACUGUCAGGAAGGCAACAUCCUGCUGCUGGAAGGCAGGGAGAAUUCCGAGAAGCAGAAACUCAUGCUCAUCGACUUCGAGUACAGCAGCUACAACUACAGGGGAUUCGACAUUGGGAACCAUUUCUGCGAAUGGAUGUACGACUAUAACUACGAGAAGUACCCUUUCUUCAGAGCCAACAUGCUGAAGUACCCGUCCAGGAAGCAGCAGCUCCAUUUUAUUUCCAAUUACUUGGCCGCAUUCCAACACGAGUCUGAAGACCCCAGCGACGAGCAGAGGUCCGCGAUCGAAGAAGGCAUGUUGCUUGAGGUCAACAGGUUUGCCCUUGCGUCCCAUUUCUUCUGGGGACUUUGGUCCAUCGUACAGGCCAAGAUUUCAUCCAUUGAAUUUGGGUACAUGGAGUACGCCCAAGCCAGGUUCGAGGCCUAUUUCGACCAGAAGAGGAAGCUGGGGGUGUGACCUGGGAGGCCUCGUGCCCCUCCCCCCUGGACUGCGUGGGGGCGGCUGAGCCUGCGGGGUCGCUCUGUGCUCCGACUACUGCACCUGCGGCAAGAAGGCUCGGACGGCUCGCCGCCCACACAGAUGUGUGCGCGACCAAGCCUGUAUUAAAUGGCGUAACAAUUAUUUCCUGUCUCGUGUGCGGCUUCACUAGGACCCUGGCACGAAUCGGGAAGCAGAGUCAGAGCACACUAGUGCAGUAGUGCAACAGCUCAGACUCCUCACCCAGAGGAGGCGCUCCUGGGUCGGGCAGACCUGGCAGACCUGGCAGACGGCAGGAGCGGAGUCGUGCUGCAGGUGCCUCGUCUGCUUGAGGACCGUUCAAGGACUUGAACGAACGUGCAGGCGAACGCCACUGACCAGGCUCUCCGGGUGUAGACGCCGCUCGCCCCCGCAGGCAGGCAGCGAGGGGCACACAGACUGACGCUGCUCCGCGGCCUGCCGGGGUCCCCCGCAGCUGCUCGCUCUCCUCGGUCGGGGGCGGAUGCAGACCGCCGGCGGUGCGGGCGCCACUGCCGCCUGCGCGGGAGGGAUGGACGGAUGGACGCGGCUCUUCGGCGCCUGUCUCUCUGUUCCGUUAUGCGGGCGACUCGCCUCAGCUGGACGCAAGCCCUGCCUGCCCUCCAGCGGGAUGUGCUCUAGAACCCCGCCUUCGGGGCAGGCAGCGCCCUGGGGCGCGUGGACUCCUGCCCCUGUGCCACCUGCAUUCCUUCCGCUUUGUCCUGCUCUCUGCAGCCUCCCCUCCACCUCUGCUCAGCCCGGAGCAGGGGGUCCUGUGACAGCGCUGGCGGCCCGCCCCGGGGCAUCGGCCCGCCCCAGGGCCCCUCAGAAGCCUCCCGCUGCCCCUGGCGCUGGGGCCCUGGUGUGCCCGGCGGCCCUGGGUGGCCAGCUGUCGCUGCCCUCGCCGCUCCCUGAGGUCCCGCACGUGGUCAUGUGGCAGCCUGGAUGUGGACUGUGGGGUCUGGGUGGGGGGUAACUGUGAAAUCCAUGUUCUGUGAAUGUUCUCCUUUCCUUUUUUUUACUCUUAUUUGGAUUGUUUUCUGUGCAUACAUUUCUGCUACCACAGACUGUACUAUAUAAACAAUAAAAAAAUAAAAGCCCAUCCUUGCUGUCA